AUGGAAAAGCUUGCUAAAAGUUUACUAUUCUUUAUACUUACUGCCAGUUAUUUUUUCGCAGUUGCAGAUGCCAGCACUGAGACUCUAAAAGCUGACACUCCAGUCUAUUGUGAGCCGUCAAUGCUGCAUGAGUCUUCCCAUGAGGAUAGUUUGCGAUCAAAAAAUAUUUCAGAAAGAGCUGAACAAAACAACAGCACUGGAAGGAAAUUAAAGAUCGCUAUCAUAGGCUGUAUUGCUAUUGGUCAUAUAACCCCAACAAUCGAUAUGACAAGAGCUUUAAAAUCAAAAGGUCACGAUGUCGUCUAUUACGCGCCCAUUUAUACUCAGAAUUUAAUAGAGUCUACUGGAGCGAAAUUUAUCCCAUAUCCAGAGCAAAAGCUAGCUAAAGUUACACCUCUUGAUAAAAAAGAGAUUCGGGUCAAUGAAACUGGAUUGCUACUUAUAGCGGCGUUUGGUGGUUACACAGAUUAUAUAAUGCCAUGGUUUUUAGAAAAUUUCGAAAAAGAACAAUUUGAUGCUGUUAUUUAUACCUCCUUUGCUAUUUGGGGCAAUGCUGUAGCAAGCUAUUUCAAAAUUCCAUAUUUAUGCCUUGGGACUAGCGUACUGCCAGCAGAGGACAAUGCUUGAAAUGAAACCCAUUUUUACGAUGAAGGAAAAGAGCAGCAGCUAGAAUUUACAAAUAGGCUUCAUAAUAAAUAUAAUACUACAGCAGUUAAUUUGAUAGAAAUGUUUUCGUGCAGUUAUGCGAAAAAAGUAUUGAUGGUUUCUUCACAAAAAUUCUUACUCCCGCUCUGUGAGCAAAAAAUAUAUUUAUUCACUCGCAGAGGGGCUAUUUUUUUUAAAAAAUUUAUAUACAAACAGAAUUAGCGAGAGAUUUUAUUAUACUAAUAAUCACUUAUAUAUAAAAAUAUUAUUUCAUUAAAUUUUAUAUUAAAAAAUUUUGUUCCAUCAUGAAGUGUGGGUUUUUGGCAAAAAAUAGUGAUAAUCCAAUAAUUUUGCUCGCUCUGGGAUGGGGAGUUAGAAGCAGCAUCAGAUCACAGGUUUUCAGAGCCAGAAAAAUAUUUUUUUUUGAGUUCCAUUUCUUCUCAAACAUCAAAAAAUUUUAUUUCUAAAUUAAAAGAAAACAGUAUUAUAUACCUAUCACUUGGAACAACUUUUAAUCAACGCCCAGACAUUUUUGAAUCUAUCAUGACCUAUUUCAACCAAACCAAAUAUGAGCUGAUUGUGAGUGCUGGAAUGAAUGAAAAACUUUAUCAAGCUCUUACGUCUAAAAAUUACAGCAGCAAUAUAAAAAUUAAUUUAUACACCAAUCAGGUAAGGCUGCUUAAAGAUGUAGCUAUUUUUAUAACCCAUGCUGGGCUUAAUAGCAUAAAAGAAGCAAUUUCUUUUACAAUACCAACAGUUACAAUUCCUCAAGGGGCUGACCAAUUUUGAAUUUCAAAAGCUAUUAAAGAUCUUAAAAUUGGAGCUUCAGUUGAAGAUUAUGAAGGUAGCUUAGAUGAUAAGUUUAAAGCUGCGUUUCAGGAGAUUGAACAGAACUUUGAGACUUAUAAAGAAAAUCUGAAGAAUGUUCAAAAAAAUUAUUUUGAUGGCCCAAGUUUUGAUGAGUCUAUUAUGGAUUUAGAAAACUAUUUAUUAGAUAUAACGGAUAAGCAAUAA